AUGGCAGAACUUUCAAUUGAAGAACGACAAAUUUAUGACAGGCAAAUAAGAAUCUGGGGAAUGGAAGCUCAAUCUAAACUAAGAUCAGCCAAAAUUCUUGUGAUAAACUUUAAUGGGACAACCAGCGAAAUUGCUAAAAAUUGUGUGUUGAGUGGGAUGAGCUUAGACAUUCUAGAUGACAAAAUUAUCGAGCAGCCAGAUCUGAAUAACUUUUACCUUAGAAAUGAAGAUGUUGGAUUAAGCAGAGGAGAAGCUGGAGCGAAAAGAAUCCAAGAAAUCAACUGUCUAGUGAAAGUUUCACAAACCAAAAACGCAGAUGGAAACUAUCAAGUUGUUGUGUUUAGCGGAGACACUGCAAACUGCGCUGAUAUUAACAGAUCUUGUAGAGAAAAGCAUAUACCUAGCUAUUAUGUGUUUAAUUCCAGAGAGGCUGUUUUAGUUAUCGCUGAUCUUAUUCAUCCAUCUGGAGAAAUCUCCUACCUAUCUUUACCAGAAAUAAUUGAAAAAAUUCCUUCAUUUUUACAAACCAAAAAGAAAAAGCCAAAUUUAAGAUUCUACGCAUUUUUGCUAGCUCUCUAUUGCAAAUUUCAGAGCCUUCCUUUAGAAAAUGCACCACCCACAUUCAUAGAUGAUCAAGUCCUUAAACCCUUAUCUGAACAAAUUUUCUUUUCAUUCACACAAGAAUUCUACCCAAGUCUCUCGAUUGCUGCAGGAAUGGUGACUCAAGAUAUAGUGAAAUUAAUCACAAAUGAGAAAGCGGCCUAUCAGUUAUUUUUCUUUGAUGCAAAUGAUUCUGUUGGAAUGAUCGAGUCAUUCAGCACUCAAAGCAAAGCAAAGACUAGCUUGCUGGCUGAUAUAGAGAUCAGUGAAAUUGAUUAA